AUGGCAGGCACAGGUCUGCCGGACCAGCAGCUGCGGCUGAUGACGACGGUAGAGGAGACCUUGGGGUCGGCCCUGGCAUCACUUCACCAGGGAGAAAGCAGAGGUGGUGAGGAGCACGGGAAUGGCCGGAUCCAGCCACUGAAGACCAUCGGGGUCCCGUUCCUGUCCGGAUCGAGGAAAAGCAAAGGAGGCCCAACGAGGAAGGGGCUCGCUGACUUGGAGGCUCUGGUGGCAGGCGGCCACUCCGGAGUGGGGAAGGCGGUGGCGCUGUGA